AUGCCGGGAACGACAAAAACCAGUUUCUAUAUCUGUCCGGAUCUGGACACACCUAAAUACUACACGCAAUCUCGAAGCAGCGGAUUGAUCCAGCAGAUCCUGAAAACUGGGCUGAAGAUGAAGAAGGGCGGAAGACCCGCAUCUUCUCUGGAAAAACUCUGGUAUACCGACCCAGGCACCCGUGGUGAGUAUGGGGGGGUAUCAUCAACUACUGGGGUUCCAAAGGCGGUUUACUUGGGCAACUAUGGACAUGGAUUUAUUUUCAGGGGUUCCAACGGCGGAAUCUCGAGACUGCAGAGAUAUUCCCCCAGUAUCAGCAAGUCGUGCCUGGAUACCGACAAAAAUGAGGGCAUCAAGGGCGACAUUCGCCUGCACUUUGACCCCAAUCAGCAGGACAAAGUGGAUGAAAUGGAAGGAGUACCUCAGCUUUCAGCACCGGAAACUAGCUAG